AUGGACGGGGGUCUUCGACUAACGGUAAAUAGCAUGCGGGUACAAAAAGACGCCUUAUGCUGCUCAGGCGCCGGCACCAAUGACCAAUUCUCCAGCGAUAUUGAUCCCGGAACAUUCCAAAACCCGUCAGCAAUCAUACGGCCUCGAUUCCGAUACUGGCUUCCUGAUCCCAGCGUGGAUGAACAGACGAUGAGAAACGACAUACAUUCAGCCGCAGAUGUGGGAGCGGGAGGCGUGGAGUACCUGCCGUGGUAUAACGCGGGCGGUUUCCUUGGCCCUGCGCCUCCGGGGGACGACUGGGGCAAAUACGGAGUUGGCACACCCGCAUUCAACAGAUUGUUUCAGGCUGCUCUGGAAGCUCAUCGCGAUGCUGGUACUGUGAUGGAUUUUGCUAUUGGACCCAAUCAAGGGCAAGGUGUACCGGCUGAUCCCAAUGACGAAGGCCUUCAGUGGGAUUUGGUACCAUUCUCGAUAGCGGUUCCUGCCAAUGGAUCAUUUGCUGGGAUAAUCCCGGGCUGGGGAACCGGUGAUCUACUUGCACUCAUUUCAGCUGAAGUGGUGAAAAGAAUUGACAACUCUACUGCGUCGUCCACUGACCGAGUUCCCCACAUUCGUCUCGUUAUCAAGGAAUCUUCGCUCACGGAUCGAACUGCUGAGGUGUCUUCAAGUGGCCAUGUAUCCCUCACUUAUCCUACGGAUCCCGACCAACAAACCUACUGGUUGUUCGCAUUCUAUCAGCGUUUGACCCACGCUCAAAAUUUAAUAUACACCUCGAAUCAAACAGACGCAGUUAUUGAAAACGGAGCAUACAUGGUUGAUCAUUUUAGCUCGCGAGGCGCCGAGACUGUAAUAAAUUUCUGGGAGAAGUACGUUCUGAACGAGAAAGUGAGAUCCCUUCUUGCUGAAGUGGGAAAUUAUGCCUGGGAAGACAGCGUUGAGAUUAAAUCGAAUAUUUCCUGGUCCAAGUCGCUCCCAGGCGUAUUUGAACAGAAGCAUGGAUACAGUCUCAUCAAAUAUUUACCGCUGAUAAUGUUUGACAAUAAUAAUAUUGCUAUCCAGUCAAGCGAUCCGGGGGCUGUCCAGUGCGUUCUGGACACGUCCGACGAAGGGGUUCGCUACGUGAAUGAUUUUCGCGAUGCGCUGUUGGAGGGAUAUAGUCAGUACCUGCAGAGACUGACGGAAUGGGCGACAACAGAUCUCAAUUUGCAGAUGUCAGCGCAGCCCGCCUACAACCUUCCUAUGGACAUGGAGGCGACUGUUCCCCUUGUGAAUGCACCCGAGUGUGAGAGUCUUGGCUUCAUGGACAACAUUGACGGCUACAGGCAGUUCUCUGGACCGGCUGUACUGGCGGGCAAGAGGAUCGUCUCCAACGAGAUGGGCGCCGUGUCUAUGGCGGCCUUUCAGUACCAGAUCUCCAGCCUACUGUGGUGUAUUAAUCGCGCGGUUGUGGGAGGUGUGAAUCAAUUUGUGAUUCACGGUCUGUCUUAUACUGGCAACUACUGGGCAACAACAUGGCCGGGCUACACCGCAUUCUCGUACUUCUACGGGGAAUUGUGGUCGAAUAAACAGCCGGCCUGGGAUCACGGCUUCGCUGAUUUCCUGGAAUACGUGAGCAGGCUCCAAUUCAGUCAACAAGCAGGGCCUCUGAAGACGGAUAUCGCUGUCUACAACAAGGAGUCUGCCACGGACGCUAGCUUCCGCUGGCAUGCAGGAAAUAUGACUCAGCUAAUUGAUGCGGGCUAUAGUUAUAGUUACCUCUCACCCGAGAACUUCGGCCUUGCACAGGCAUACGUCGGUAACCAGACCCUUGGGCCCGACGGACCGGCUUAUAAGGUCCUGCUUGUGUACAGUGCAUCGAAUUUAACAUAUGAGUCCAUCAGCAAGAUUGCACAAUUCGCAGAGGCAGGAUUGCCAGUCAUUUUAGUAGGUGGAGAUCCGUCCCAAUAUGCCACUGCUGGCGCUGCCAGUCACCAAAACUUCACAGAAGCUAUUGUUCGAUUGAAACGCACAAAGAACGUCUUCACGGUCUCCGAGGGCGAGCUGAUCCACAAGUUAGCCUCUCUCCACCUGGAGCCUCGAAUUCAAGUGCAAGCCAACAGCACCUGGUAUACAACCUGGCGUGAGUCAGUUCGCGAAGACAUCCAAUUCGCAUUCGUCUAUAAUGACGGCAAGGCCAGUGCUGGCCAUCUCGUGGUGUCCAGUGACAAAACCCCACAUCGUUUUGAUAUGUGGACUGGGCAGUCUGCGCCGAUACUUGAGUACCAGCAAGCUCAUGGCAAGACCCUCAUUCCUCUCGUGCUUGAGGCAAACCAGACUGCUCUGAUCGCUUUUACUGGGCCUUCCGUCCAUCGGUUACGCGAACCGGCUAUUCACGCAGUUCAGACCCCUUCCACAAUCCAAGGAUACAAGUUUAACACGAACUCUUCCGACUCGGUUGAGCUUCAUGUCUCUGCUGGGCUAAGCGACCAGCCUCUUGUCCUCUCUAAUGGCCAAAACUACACGUUUCCACCUGAUCGGGAAGUAGCGAGCAGUUUCAUCCUCGGCAACUGGUCCCUCACGGCAGAGCACUGGGCCGCUCCGGCCAACUUGUCCGAUGCCUCCCAGAUUGCCUCCAAGUUCAACACCACCCACCAGUUGGACGCGCUCAUCCCAUGGACACAGAUACCAAGUCUCGCUAAUGCGUCCGGACUGGGGUAUUACAGCACCAGCUUCGAGUGGCCACCCCGUAUGGGCUCGGCGGACGGCGCAUACCUCCUGAUGCCCCGGGUUCUCCAUACCCUCCGUGUGAAGAUCAACGGCCACCAAACACCACCACCCGACUACAAUGCACCGAAGGUGGACAUCGGCCCCUACUUGCGAGCUGGCCGAAACGAUGUUGUGAUCGAAGUCCCCACUAUAAUGUGGAAUUACAUCCGAAGCAUCUUUCACCGCAUCGUGAUGGCAGCAUCCCAAUCCCUCGUACAACCAACACGGGUAAGAGACGAGCAAAGUAGUCAUUAA